AUGAUUAGGUUUUCCAGCCACGCCGGGAUAAAAAAAAAUGCCUUACUUUCUCAGCAAAAGGGUCUUGUAUCAACAGCAGUAUCUCCAACUGCAGCAAAGACGCAGGAUUUGAGCCCAUCGUACAUCCUGUUUUGGGUCGCACCAUUUGGCUGGAGGACUCAUAAUAAGAUAGAUAAAGAAUUAUGUGGAGACUGCAUCGUUACUUAUAACCAAAAUGAUCUUGAUCGAGCUGAAGCUGUAAUACUUCAUUUCACUGAAGCAAAAACGCAAAGCAUUCCAAAUAAAAGUCGACGAAAACCAAAUCAAAUGUUUACUUUCUAUUCAAUGGAAAAUCCAUGGUCCGUGUCUGUGUAUAGAGGCAUAUCUUUUAAAGUCUUUGACAAUUACUUUAACUGGACUAUGAGCUAUCGACGUGACUCAAACAUUUAUUGCCCGUAUUUGGUGUGGAAUGAAGAAGAUGGUUUGUUCAAUGGAGAUACUUCAAAGCAUUACUCUCAGCAGGUUGUUAAGGACAUUCUGUCUAAAAAGCAAAGUAAUGUUCUAGCAUGGUGGUUGGUAAGCAACUGUGGUGCUACUCAUGGUGGAAAAAUCCGUAAAGUGUUAAUUCGAGAAAUGGAAAAUGCUGGUUUGACUAUAGAUAAAAAAGGGGGCUGUUUUGGAAAGCGUUUCACCCAAAAUGCCCCAGCUUUUGGUGUAAAAUAUAAAUUUUAUCUAGCAUUUGAGAAUGGAGUUCAUUGUAGAGACUAUAUAACUGAGAAAUUAUGGUCAACUUCUUUUGAGGGAGGGGUUGUUCCAGUUGUUUGGGGUUCAAAGCGAGAAGACAUUGAAGCAAUUGCACCAGUGGGUUCUUUUAUUUUUUAUGAAGAUUAUAAUUCCUCUGCAGAGUUGGUAAAGUACCUUCAAUAUUUAAACACAAAUGAUACCGCAUAUGCUGAAUACUUUAACUGGCGGUUAAAGCAACCCACCAUUGAAGAAUUUCCUUUGAUUGAAUAUAAAGGUUACAGAAGGAAUGCAGGUCUUUGUCAGAUGUGUCGACUACUUCGACAGAAAAAACUUUACAACAAUGUAAGUAAUGUUGUUGCUUCACUUGAAGAUUGGUGGAACUCUGAUAAUCCGGAAUGUCUCAGUUCAUCUGUUAAACCACAUGACAAAUUCAAAUAGCGUACAGCUUCGCCAAUGCAGUAGGAACUAUUUAUUAUUUAACAUAAAUUUUACAGUAUACACUUACCUAAACAGCUGUAUGCAAUUUUUUUAAAUACGGAUACAAAUAUAUUAUAGAAUUUCUGGUCUUUUCUAAUUAACUUCGCCGACUGUAAGUACAGCAAUUAUUCUGAAAAAAAUGGUUUAGCGCUGCUUACUGAUUUUGCUUAAGUUGAAUUACAUAUAUAGGCGCUUAUUUUCUUUUAUUUUUACGCAGAGAAAAAAUGAGUUGGCGUGGGUAUUUUUUAUUUUGUAUUAAUUUUGUUAUUUAUUCGCACAGCUGAAUGGUACGCUGGUAUUUUAUUAAAUGUUUUUCUAUGUUAAAUACUAUUUUGUAUGUUCCUGUAUUUCAUAGUAGCUAUAAUCAGGAGGUUUUUGAAUUUUCGUUCACCAACAAUUUUAUACUCAGGCAUGUGACUUUCCUAUUUCAUUAUUUUUAUCUUAAAUGUUUAUUUCCCACCAAGGCAAAUUAAACAGUGAGAAGCCAUACAACAUGUGUAAAUGAAUAUAACGGAUAAUGCCUAUGGACAGAUUUGGGCAAGUAUGUACCAGAUCUAUCUUUUUUAGCAAACAGUGGGGGUUUCAGUUGUUUUUAAUGCAUCAAGUUUUGCAUUUAAUCUUAAACUGUUGGUCAAAACCGAGGCUUAUUUUGUGUAAACGUUUUACAUUGAUCUGUAGUAUCUUUUAGUGAUGUUUUGCAUGUCAACACAUUUAAAAGUAUAUAUAUAUAUAUACCAAUAUACCAAAUACUAAUAAUUAUUGGUUAGUUUAAAACCUUUUUCACAUGUACAAUUUUUUAAUGAAUGUAGCUUACUUCAUUCUUAACAUGGGUGUUCUGUUUCAUAAACCUCUUGUCUACGUUUCAUACACCAUCCCGGCCUGCUACCAUUAGUGAACGCUAGAUUGAAGUAAUUGCCAUUAACUGUCUUUACAAUGAUAGCAGCGGUGGGCCUUGACCCCGUAACCUCCACUUGUGCCACAGCAUCAUGCUGCUUUAAAUUAUCUAAUUGGUGUGAAAUUAUAUUUACCUAAAAACGAACACAUUUGCGGGUGUCACUUCUACUGCAAAUGAAAUUUUGUACUGUGCAUAUGUACCUAUGUUUUCAUUCUCAUUACACUCAGAUUCCUUGAUUGAAGUAAAAAUUACGUAGUAACUGUCUUUGACGCGCGUUUUUUAAAGUCGUAAUAAUACUGUCGAAUAAUUCUGUAACGGUAUUUUCCUGGUUUUCAUCAAAUAGGGUCCUUAAAAU